AUGAACUCACAAGGCCCCAGUGAGGUGUCGCCGGAGACAAUGCAGGCGCGCAUUCAGCAGGCGCGUCGCGAAGCAGAGACUCUCAAGGACAGGAUCAAGAGAAAGAAGGAUGAGCUCGCCGACACCACCUUACGCGCCGUCGCUCAACAGGCUCAUGAGCCAAUCCCUAAGAACCAGCUGAUGAAGGCCAAGCGGACGCUCAAGGGUCACUUGGCCAAGAUUUACGCCAUGCAUUGGUCAACAGACCGAAGACACCUCGUCUCUGCAUCUCAGGACGGCAAGCUCAUCAUCUGGGACGCCUACACCACCAACAAAGUCCACGCCAUCCCUCUCCGGUCAUCCUGGGUCAUGACCUGCGCCUACGCUCCCAGCGGCAAUUUCGUUGCUUGCGGUGGUCUCGACAAUAUUUGCUCAAUUUACAACCUGAACCAGCAGCGCGAUGGUCCCACGCGUGUCGCUAGGGAACUUUCGGGGCACGCAGGAUACCUCUCUUGCUGCCGCUUCAUUAAUGACCGCAGCAUCCUCACCUCCUCCGGUGAUAUGACCUGCAUGCGGUGGGAUAUCGAGACGGGCCAGAAGGUGACCGAGUUCGCCGACCACCUGGGAGACGUCAUGAGCAUCAGCCUGAACCCCACGAACCAAAACACAUUCAUCUCCGGCGCCUGUGACGCUUUCGCCAAGAUGUGGGAUAUCCGUGCUGGAAAGGCCGUUCAGACAUUUGCCGGUCACGAAUCGGAUAUCAAUGCCAUCCAAUUCUUCCCUGAUGGACACUCUUUCGUCACAGGAUCCGACGACGCCACAUGCCGUCUGUUCGAUAUCCGUGCUGAUCGCGAGCUUAACCUCUAUGGCUCUGAGUCUAUUCUAUGCGGCAUCACAUCCGUCGCUACCUCCGUAUCAGGCCGUCUAUUGUUCGCCGGUUACGACGAUUUUGAGUGCAAGGUUUGGGACGUGACUCGUGGUGAGAAGGUUGGCUCUCUCGUUGGACACGACAACCGCGUGAGCUGCUUGGGGGUCAGCAACGACGGCAUCAGCCUGUGCACAGGUUCCUGGGAUUCACUGCUGAAAAUCUGGGCGUACUAA